CACUGGCGCAGGGGACUCGGUGGCGGCGCGCUCCGAGCCGUCCGCUCGCCCUCCGUCCCGUGGCGGCGGCUCGCCUGCCUCCUUCCCCCCGGCCCGGCCCGCGCGUCCCCGCGGCGGAGAGGCUGCGGCGCCGCCGGCACCAUGGCGGUGGAGGAAGAGGGGCUGCGCGUUUUCCAGAGCGUCAGGAUUAAAAUCGGUGAAGCCAAAAAUCUUCCUACAUAUCCAGGGCCAAACAAGAUGAGGGAUUGCUACUGUACUGUAAACCUGGACCAGGAGGAGGUUUUCAGGACCAAAAUAGUGGAGAAGUCAUUAUGCCCCUUCUACGGAGAAGACUUUUACUGUGAAAUUCCUCGGAGCUUUCGUCAUCUGUCAUUUUAUAUUUUUGAUAGAGAUGUUUUUCGAAGGGAUUCCAUCAUAGGAAAAGUAGCCAUACAGAAAGAAGAUCUGCAGAAGUAUCAUAACAGAGACACCUGGUUUCAACUCCAGCAUGUUGAUGCUGAUUCAGAAGUACAGGGAAAGGUCCACCUUGAACUGAGACUGAGUGAAGUCAUAACAGACACUGGUGUCGUCUGCCAUAAGCUGGCAACACGAGUUCUAGAAUGCCAAGGCCUGCCCAUUGUGAAUGGGCAAUGCGAUCCCUAUGCCACAGUUACCUUAGCAGGACCCUCCAGAUCAGAAGCCAAAAAGACUAAAGUUAAAAAGAAGACCAACAAUCCACAUUUUGAUGAAGUGUUUUAUUUUGAGGUUACAAGACCCAGUAGCUACAACAAGAAAUCUCAUUUUGAUAUUGAAGAUGUUGAUGAAGUUGACAAAAUGGAGAUCAGAGUUGAUCUUUGGAAUGCCAGUAACUUGAAAUUUGGAGAUGAGUUUCUAGGAGAACUAAGACUUCCUUUGAAAUUUCUCCGACAGUCUAGUUCAUACGAAGCAUGGUAUUUCCUGCAGCCCAGAGAUAAUGGUAACAAGUCACUGAAACCUGAUGACCUUGGUUCCUUAAGGUUAAAUGUGGUUUACACUGAGGACCAUGUUUUCUCCUCAGACUAUUACAGUCCACUUAGAGACCUCCUGCUAAAAUCUGCAGAUGUUGAGCCUGUUUCGGCAUCAGCUGCACACAUUUUGGGUGAAGUUUGCAGAGAAAAACAGGAAGCAGCCAUACCUCUUGUCAGGCUUUUCUUACACUAUGGCAGAAUUGUGCCUUUCAUAAGUGCCAUUGCGAAUGCCGAAGUGAAGAGAACUCAAGAUCCAAACACCAUUUUCAGAGGGAACUCAUUAACUUCCAAGUGUAUUGAUGAGACCAUGAAACUGGCAGGGAUGCAUUAUCUGCAAGUUACACUGAAGCCAAUCAUAGAUGAGAUCUGCCAGGUCCAUAAACCUUGUGAAAUUGAUCCUGUGAAACUAAAAGAUGGCGAAAACCUGGAAAAUAACAGGGAAAACUUGAGGCAAUAUGUUGAUCGCAUUUUUACUGUAAUUACAAAAUCUGGUGUAAGCUGUCCCACAGUGAUGUGCGAUAUUUUCUUUUCACUGAGAGAGUCAGCUGCUAAACGUUUUCAAGGUGACCCAGAUGUGAGAUAUACAGCUGUCAGCAGCUUUAUUUUCCUGAGAUUCUUUGCUCCUGCUAUUCUUUCUCCAAACCUCUUUCAGCUUACACCACACCAUCCAGAUCCUCAGACUUCUCGAACUUUGACACUUAUCUCUAAGACUAUUCAAACACUGGGCAGCUUAUCAAAAUCUAAAUCUGCCAGCUUCAAGGAAUCCUACAUGGCUACUUUUUAUGACUAUUUUAAUGAGCAGAAAUAUGCAGAUGCAGUAAAAAAUUUUUUAGAUUUGAUUUCAUCAUCGGGAAGGAGAGAUCACAAGAGCAUAGAGCAACCUAUAUUGCUUAAGGAAGGGUUCAUGAUCAAAAGAGCACAGGGAAGAAAACGAUUUGGUAUGAAAAACUUCAAGAAGAGAUGGUUCCGCCUGACAAACCACGAGUUUACUUAUCAGAAAAGCAAAGGUGACCACCCUCUGUGUAGCAUUCCAAUAGAAAACAUUCUGGCAGUGGAAAGACUGGAGGAGGAGUCCUUUAAAAUGAAAAACAUGUUCCAGGUGAUACAGCCUGAAAGAAGAGUCCUAUAUAUCCAGGCAAAUAACUGUGUGGAAGCCAAGGACUGGAUUGAUAUACUCACCAAAGUUAGCCAAUGCAACAAGAAGCGCCUGACAGUCUACCAUCCCUCUGCUUAUCUUAAUGGCCACUGGCUUUGCUGUAAAGCUACUGCAGAUAACACUCCUGGCUGCACACCCUGCACAGGAGGCCUGCCAGCAAAUAUACAACUGGAUAUAGAUGGAGAUAGAGAAACUGAGCGCAUCUACUCUCUUUUCAACUUGUAUAUGUCAAAAUUGGAGAAAAUGCAAGAGGCCUGUGGCAGCAAAUCUGUGUAUGAUGGGCCUGAAGAAGAAGAAUAUUCAACAUUUAUCAUUGACGACCCUAAGGAGACUUAUAAAACACUAAAGCUCAUUAUUGAAGGUGUCGGAACUUUAGAGCAGGAACAUGCUCAAUAUAAGAGGGAUAAAUUUAAGAAGACAAAAUAUGGAAGCCAAGAACAUCCAAUUGGUGACAAGAGCUUCCAGACUUAUAUUAGGCAGCAGUCAGAGAUCUCAGCACAUUCCAUUUGAAGUGCAGCGGGACAGUGCUGAAGGGUCGAUCAGUGAAGCUAAAAAGCAAAACAAAAGGGAAGCCACACAUGUAGCAAAACAUAUGGAUAAGUGUCAAGCUUACAAACUUUGAGACUUGCUGAAGGUUGUACUCUCUUUUCAAGAAACUGUUACAAUAGUUGCUAUGCACUUUAUUCAUCUGGUUGUUGACAGAUGAUAAAACUCUGCCUUCUAGGCAGUUGUUGUCAUGUGUAUUUUUAAACUUGCUUUGGUUUCUUGGAAUCUAGUGAUCAGUUCAAUGAUCAAGCUGUGUGGUCUUCAUCUUGACAACUUCCAUGCAAUUCCUUAUGUCUCAGAAACCAAGCAUGCUGCUAAUAUGCAGCAUUUUCUAGAAUUGUUUGUUACUGUUUUUGUUCCUGGUUACUGUAUAUUAUGCCACACCCCUGUGUGCUGUCUUAGGAAAAGCUUAGUAACACUUUGCUUUUAAUGCCUGCAUUUAGGAAAAAAAGCAGAGAAAAGCCCUCUGGUUGGUGUAAUCUCUUGCAUUGUAGCUUGUAUUAUGAGCAGGCCAAGGAGCAGGCUUUUUGUUUUUACAGCAGCAUAAUUUUUGCUAAACGUGCACAGUUUUUAAUAGAAAUCCAGAUCUGAAUGGUACUCUUGAUAUUUUUGAGAUACAAAGUCAUUUUUCCAGAUACAUUCAGCCGACUUUGAAGAUGAACUCUCAGUGGUAUGAUAAAACUGACUCAUAUAAGUGUGAGUAGGUAAGAAAUGAACUACUGUCAAAGCUACGUGGCUUUUUAUACAGUCCAGAAAUUAUAACCUUUGGAAGUCUAGCAAUGGGAAGGCAAGGUAAGCUGCGUCUGAAGACUUUUCACCAGCAAGAAGAAUGACUAGAACACAAGUCCAGCAGCUGAGAUGCACUGAGUCCCACACACAAAAGUCAUCAACGAUGGGUUUUCGAUUAAAGGAUGUUUAAGCACUGGAGUCCACACUAUCCUGGUACCACUUGGUUUUCUGGAAUAUAGAUUUCUACUUUUCCAAAAAUGUUUUUAAAUACUUUUUAAAAGAGAUUUGCUAAAAGUAACUUAGUAUAUUAACAUGAAUAAUGGUAACUUGUUAAUGUUCUGAGUGUAGUGAAAAUGGAAUGAACUAUGUAUCUCACUAAUACCAACAAAAGUCAUUAAGGAGAAGAAUAAAGAUCUGCUAAAUAUAAGAUAUA